AUGGGAGCCACAAUCAUUUUGUCAGUCCACAGUUAUUGUGGAUUUUGGACAAGUGUUGCAACAUUUUUCCACAAUUAUUAUUGGAUAAAAUUUUCAACCAAAAAUAUCUUAACAACCAUUGACAGAGAGAUGAAACACAGCAUUUAG